GGAAGGGUUGUCUGAUUUGCAUCCGUUUUGGUAAGCCGUAGUGUAUUGUUUCUGGAUCAUUGUGAUGACUCAGUUUUGAAAGCUGUUUGACAUUUGACCGGUGUUUGAUCCUCCGAAUUUCCGGUCGCAAGAUCAUGAACGCUAUCUCAUUUGCGUGAAAGUUUGUUGUACAAUUACUCCGCCACAACGAUGCUCUAAGAACGGCUGUCAAAGCUAAGAGCCGUGUUUCUCUCCGUUUAAUCUCCGCAGAUAUGGCACAUUAACGGCGUUCAGUGGCGAUACGAGUCAAGGAAACAUAAUUCUUCAUGUCUAGAAAAGAAAGACCUACUUUAUCGCGAAGCUCGUACAGCUUUUCCCAGGGAAUGAAAGAGUUCUCGCCUCAUCCACUUCUAAGACAAGAUUACAAUGGUUUAGGGACGUUUCCACUCAGAAGAGGAAGUUUGGGGGGACAAGCCAUAAGAGAGAGAACUUUUAGAGCGCAGAGGAGCAACAGCGUAAAUUGCACACCAAUAACAGAACAGUAUAAACCCGUAGACACUCUUACCAGGCGACGAGCAAGUUUAGCGCCAAAACCCAAGGACCCGAAAGACGGGAAUAACAAUAAACCAUCAGAGAAAUACUCCAUGGUGGUGUUAGGAGCCGCUGGAGUGGGAAAAACAGCUCUGGUGGUUCGAUUCGUCACCGGCCGAUUCUUGAAUGAAUACGACCCUACUCUAGAGAUGACAUAUGAGAAAGAGCUGCGAAUCGGUGACUCCUCUAUGGAGCUUGAUAUACUCGAUACAGCUGGCAACGGAGAAGCUUCGUAUAUCCACAAUGGCGACGGCUUCGUCGUCGUCUACUCAAUCACAGAUUAUUACAGCUACGAGAUGGCGCGUCAACUCGUCAAAUUAGUCACGCAGGUUCGCAAAACGGACGAUAUCUGUCAAAUACCCAUAGUCCUUGUGGGUAAUAAGCGAGACUUAAGACGGGGUCGCUGUGUCGCGAAGGACGAGGCGCGGGAGUUUGCGUCCGAGUAUGGAUGCUCGCAUUACGAGACAUCUGCGCUAACCAAUAGGAACGUUCACGUUAUAUUCUACAACAUGGCGUUUCAAACACGCUUCACAAAAGCUUCCAAUAGGGAGACCCGUAAGAACAAUUGUCCGCCGAACGCAGGGAAUGGCUUCCUAAGUUCUGUAAAACAUUUCUUUAAUCCUGUGAAACGUCGUAACAGCCUGCCUACUUGAGAUAUAUAGAAAGAUGAGAGGGGUUUGAAUAGAUAAGAGACUUAGCGCAGGUGCUUACUAAGGAUUUUCUGAGAGGGAUGUGUAGUCAUAGGUUUUAUAUGGAAAAAGGAGAGUAUUGACGAUCUUUCAAUAAGGAGUAACCCACUUUUUGGCAGCCAAGGGGAUGGGGUAGUGCACUGCACAUCAUGCGUACCCCCCCCCCCCCUUGCCGCGUACCUGAAGUCGGGCAGGGAACAGCCUUCUUAAGGUCAUCAGAGGUAUAAUCCUGGCGAACCCAGCCCUUAUUUUAGCAUAUAAAGGAAAAUAGGCGGGAAUCGUUUUUUACUAGGAUUUCAAAAUGGAGGUUGCCAGAGACUGGUCUAAUCUAUAACAAAAGUCUUAUGUUGAACGUAGUCACGGACGGUCGUAUGCUUUUCCUCUAUGCUGGAGUGAGGCAUUUUUUUCUCGCCAAAGGUUGUCCGUGUAAGUGAGUAAUAAGAUAAAAAAAUAGCUAUAAGAAAGAUCUUUCCCACCAUAGACUUGAAAAUGAUAUCCAUAUAUAGUGAUACGAACAUUAACAGCUAGCUAUACCUUUCCUCAACAUAGGAUUGUAUAUUCAUUUAUCUAUUUGAAAGGAAUGUUGCGGGUUAACGUUUUGUUUGGAGAACAAUAGAGGUGCCAGUGUAACCUACCCAUGAUGCACCAUUUCUAGAUUCUUAAGGCCAAUUAAGAAAGCACGAUUUAGUCGUAUACGAACUGUCACGACAUGUCUGAACUACGCACUACGGCAUUCAUAGCAUCGUAACGGAGUUGUAGGCUGAUUUACAUUUUACGACUUGAGCUGUUGUAGUAGAGUCGCAUACAAAUAAAUCGUGCAGUCUAAAUUAGCCCUCCGUCGCACAUUUUGUUUUCUUCGACAUUACAAUUCUGAUAGUGGAAAACUUGAAAUAAGCUGGGUUAUGCCAUUUAGAUGUUUUACAGCUGAUAAAAAAAGAAAGCAGUGCAACAUAUUAGAAAUGUAUUGGCAUAAGGGAAGGGGGGGGGGUGGUGGUAGGGAAAAAUGUAAAAUAAAUUUAAAUUAUUGCGA